CACGGCCAGCGCAGUACUUAAGGGACAAAGAACCGCUACCUCACACCUCAUCCUCUGCACAAGCCUGGGAACGUGUGGCCUGCCUUUUCUCCGCUUUCACAAUCGAUCAUCUCUACCUCCCUUGUCCUGCAUCAUGUUGUCCCCACUUGGCUGUCUCUUGUCCACCUUGCUGUGCAUGGGCGUGCUGUGCAACGCUCAGUCAGACUCCAGCAGCCCUAAAAUCCAGCUCCGCCUCGCGGGGGAGAAGAGGAAACAUUACGAGGGCCGGGUGGAAGUGUUCUAUAAUGGAGAGUGGGGGACAGUGUGCGAUGAUGACUUCUCCAUCUCUGCUGCCCAAGUGGUAUGCAGAGAACUGGGCUUCAUGGGCGCCGUGUCCUGGGCGCCCUCAGCCAAGUACGGAAGAGGGGAAGGUCAUAUCUGGUUGGACAAUGUCCACUGCACAGGUGGGGAGAAGAGCCUGGCGGAGUGUCAGUCCAAUGGCUUCGGAGUGGCUGACUGCAAACACUCAGAAGAUGUUGGGGUGGCGUGCACCCAGAAGCGCAUUCCUGGAUUCAAGUUCAUAAAGAACCAGGCCAGCAGCGGGGAGGGUUUGACGGUGCAGGUGGAGGACGUGAGGAUCAGGGCAACAUACUCUCAGAGGAAAAAGAUUCCCAUCACUGAGGGCUUUGUGGAGGUGAAGGACGGAGGCAAGUGGCGACAGAUCUGUAGUGAGGAGUGGACGGAGAUGAACAGCAGGGUCAUCUGUGGCAUGUACGGUUUCCCUGGGGAGAAAAACGUCAACGUACGGCCUUACAAAGCGCUGGCCAAGAAACGCAAGAAGAACUACUGGGGUUUCUCCGUCAACUGCACAGGCAACGAGGCCGACCUCUCUGACUGCAAACUGGGCCGAGAGGUGGAGCAGAAGGGCAACAACACGUGUAGGAAGGGCAUGCCCGUUGUGAUCAGCUGUGUGCCAGGACGGGCCUUCGCUCCCAGCGUCAGCACUGGUUUCAGGAAAGCCUACAGAGUCGAGCAACCGCUGGUGCGUCUAAGAGGCGGAGCUAUGAUAGGCGAGGGCCGGGUGGAGGUGCUGAAGAACGGCGAGUGGGGAACCGUUUGUGAUGACAACUGGAACAUCAGAGCUGCGACGGUGGUGUGUCGAGAGCUGGGGUUCGGCAGCGCCAAAGAAGCCCUGACUGGAGGCAGACUGGGACAAGGGGUCGGGCCGGUCCACAUGAACGAGGUCGAGUGCUCUGGGUUUGAAAAGUCUCUGACUGAAUGCCACUUCAACCGUGAGUCUGUGGGCUGCAGCCACGAGGAGGAUGCUGCAGUCAAGUGCCAUAUCCCUGCUAUGGGCUUCAACAGCCGACUUCGGUUAAAGGGAGGUCGUAACCCAUUCGAAGGCCGGGUGGAGGUCCUGACGCAGAGGAACGGCUCUACGGUGUGGGGAGCGGUGUGCAGUGAGAGCUGGGGGACCAUGGAGGCUGUGGUGGUGUGCAGACAGCUGGGCCUGGGCUUCGCCAGCCAUGCUUUCCAGGAGACGUGGUACUGGCAGGGGGAUUCGGCAGCUGAGGCUGCCGUUGUCAUGAGCGGGGUGAGAUGUUCAGGAACCGAACUGACUCUGGAUCAGUGUCUUCAUCACGGGAAACACGUCGUCUGUGCGAAAGGAGGCGGACGCUUCGCUGCUGGGGUGUCCUGCACUCAGACGGCCCCAGACCUGGUCCUGAAUGCCCAGGUCGUGGAGCAGACCACGUACCUGGAGGACAGGCCCAUGUAUGCUCUGCAGUGCGCCCAGGAGGAGCAAUGUCUGUCCAGCAGCGCUGACAAAGCGGACCCCAGCUCCUACCGCCGCCUGUUCCGCUUCUCCUCCCAGAUCCAGAACAAGGGCCUGUCGGACUUCAGACCACGUGCAGCACAUCACUCUUGGAUCUGGCAUGAAUGUCACAGGCAUUACCACAGUAUGGAAGUGUUCACCCACUAUGACCUGCUGAGUCUGAACGGCACCAAAGUGGCAGAAGGACACAAAGCCAGUUUCUGUCUGGAGGACACCCAGUGUGACGAGGGCAUUCAGAAGAGGUACGCAUGUGCAAACUUUGGAUCCCAGGGCAUCACAGUUGGCUGCUGGGAUACCUACAGACAUGACAUAGACUGCCAGUGGAUCGACAUCACAGACGUGAAGCCCGGUGACUACAUCUUCCAGAUUGUUAUAAAUCCAAACUAUGAAGUUGCAGAAUCGGAUUUCACCAACAACAUUAUGAAGUGUCGCACCCGGUAUGACGGCCAACGCCUUUGGACAUACAACUGUCAUAUAGGUGGAACACUGAGUUCAGACGUGGACAACACGUUUCCUGGACUGAUAAACAACCAGCUGUCACAGAGUUAGACCCAAGAAGGACAAAGCAGAAGAACGGCACCAAAGAUUGUUCUUGUUUUUGACAACCACUAGGAGGCUAUGUGACUUUGCUUCCUUGAAAAUGUGCUGGAUUGUUUUUGAGCUUAAGGCUCAACAAGUACGAUACACAAUGGCUUAAUAACAUGAACUGCUUGCUUACCGAAUCCAUUUAUUGCAUUCAAAUGUACAAAAGUGUGUUUUUUAAGUGUCUCGUGUCUUGUUUGUGUACAGUGUAGGUUUCAAAUGGUGCUUAUUAGGAACGAUGCAAUCGGGACGGAAACCGAAUAACUUAAAUCAAGUGGGCCUUCACGGCCAAAGUUUCAAGUGUGGGGAGAAUGCGUAGAAGCCACAAAAGCCCUUAAUGCACAUUGAGAUUAAUUUAAACGGGUAAAAAUGUCUAUUUGCUAAAUUUGGUGCUUUAACUUAGAAACUUGCACUAUGUUUAUCUUCAAACUGGUGAAAUGAAAAGCAGCUGCUUCGAUCACAUUUGCUUCCAAACUAUUGACUCGAGACGAAGAUGGAUAAUAAUUACUAUAAAUCAUAACAUGUAGCUGCAAAUGACAACUAUUUAUAUUUUCUGUCCGAGUCCUCCGAGAACAAAGCAGUUGCUUGGAUUAGGUUCCUGUCAUGUUUCCAACCAUCUGUGGAGACAGUCAUAAACUGAUGAACUGAAGUGAGUGGGAAGUGCCUUUUUUGUUUCACAAGCUUGAGCUCGUUUAAAAAAAAUAUUUAUUGCUUUGUUUAUUGGUCAUCACAGAUGAAAUUUAUUUCCAUCUUCAUAAUCUGCACAUCCCAUUGUCUUCUUUCUCAGUGUUUGAGUUGUGUUAAAUUAUUACGGUCAGGGACUACAGAAACAUUGUAGAAGUACUGUAACAGCCACACGUGUAUGUGAAACAGCCUCUUCAAGGAUUUGUAAUUUUUUUAAUGUGGCAAUUCAAGAAUCCUUCAUUUUAUAAGGGUUGUUGUUAGUUGCUGAUUGUUUUUACUAUGAAUGCAUAUUUGUGGAAAAGCAACAAACAAUAAAUGCUGAAAACCUGGUGAAA